UAUAUAUAUAUAUAUAUGGGGAAAAUUCGAUGUACAAAGAGAUUUGUUUCAGUAAUGGAGAAGAAGAGGAACAGCUAUUUGUGUGUGUAUGUUCUGUUGCUGUUUGUAUCGGUAGCAAGUUCGGGAAUUUCAGGCAGAGUAGUGCAUCUCUUGCAAACCCAUGACAAACCCAAUUUUCUUACACCCAACUUCGAUCGCAUUUUUGAUACUUCCAAGUAUGGUAUUCUGCAGCUCAACAAUGGUCUGGCAAGAACGCCUCAGAUGGGAUGGAAUAGCUGGAAUUUCUUUGCGUGCAAUAUAAACGAGACUGUCAUCAAGGAAACAGCUGAUGCACUUGUCUCAACGGGCUUGGCUGAAUUGGGUUAUGUUUAUGUCAAUAUAGAUGAUUGCUGGUCUUCUUUAAAGCGGAAUUCAGAGGGUCAAUUAGUCCCUGAUCCAAAAACUUUUCCCUCAGGAAUUAAAGCUCUUGCUGAUUACAUACAUGCAAAGGGCCUUAAGCUUGGAAUUUAUUCUGAUGCUGGGGUUUCUACAUGUCAAGUUCGGCCAGGAUCACUUUACCACGAAAAUGAUGAUGCAAAGCUAUUUGCUUCUUGGGAUCUGGAUUAUUUGAAGUAUGACAACUGUUACAAUCUGGGCAUUGAACCAAAAAAACGGUACCCUCCAAUGCGUGAUGCUUUAAAUGAAACUGGACGUACAAUUUUCUAUUCGAUUUGUGAAUGGGGUGUUGAUGACCCUGCUUUAUGGGCUGGCAAAAUUGGAAAUAGUUGGCGUACAACAGAUGAUAUCAAUGAUACAUGGGCAAGUAUGACUACCAUAGCUGAUUUAAAUGACAAGUGGGCAGCAUAUGCAGGACCUGGUGGAUGGAAUGAUCCAGAUAUGCUGGAAGUGGGCAAUGGAGGCAUGACUUUCGAGGAGUACCGUGCUCAUUUUAGCAUCUGGGCUUUGAUGAAGGCCCCUCUUUUGAUUGGCUGUGAUGUAAGAAGCAUUACUGCCGAAACUUUGGAGCUUUUAAGCAAUAAGGAGGUGAUUGCUGUAAACCAAGAUCCACUUGGCGUUCAGGGAAGGAAGGUUCAUGUUUCAGGACCUGACGGUUGCGAACAGGUUUGGGCAGGUCCUUUGUCAGGACAUCGUGUGGUUGUUGCUCUUUGGAACCGCUGUUCAAACGCAACAGCCAUUACAGUUAACUGGGAAGUAAUUGGACUUCAAUCGAGCGCUCGUGCUUCUGUGAGAGAUUUGUGGCAGCACAAAGAUGUGGUGGGAGAUGCAGUGUCAUCGUUCAGUGCUCGAGUUGAUGCUCAUGACUCUCACUUGUAUAUUUUUACUCCUCAUACAGAAUCUCUCUUCAAAAAUCUAGUGCAAUCUGAAUGAAGAAAGAAGGGGGAGGUUAAAUCUUAUGAAAUGUUCUCAAUUGGAGUUGGGAAGUUAGAGCCUCUUCAAUUUGCACCUUGGAAUCGUCUAUUGUGUGUCAUUAGCAGCCAAGUGUGAGUUUCCAUUGGAAUUCUCCGAGCUUUGUCUAAGUGUCACUGUAAAAUAUAUUUGCCACCACGUAAUCAAACUAAAAUGUUAAAUAUUACACUGUCAAGACUGAGUAUAUUAGCGUCUGUGUUUAUGAUAUGGAGCAGUGAGAAUGAUAAUUAAACCGACUUUUUUGUGGUUUGGUUAAUCUCUUCUCCAUUCUUGCUAUACUCUAAUAGAGUUUUCAUAAUAUAUAGCAUAUUUUACUUUUAA